UAAAACACUCACGAGCUACUGACUGCAAAUCCGCAAUAACUAGCAGCCACUCAGAGCAAUCUCCAGGAGUUUUUGAGCCAGACAUGGCGAACGCGGCGUCAGGUGUGACCGUGAGCGAGGAGUGCAAGGCGAGGUUCCAGGAGCUCCGCUUGGGGCGGGCCCACCGGUUCGUGGUGUUCAAGAUCGACGACGCGGCGCAGCAGGUGGUGGUCGACAAGGUCGGCCCCCGCGACGCCGGCUUCGACGAGCUCACCGCCAGCCUCCCCGCCGACGACUGCCGCUACGCCGUCUACGACCACGACUUCACCGUCAGCGAAUCCACCGCCGCCGGCGAGGGCGGCGAGGCGGCCCGCAGCAAGAUCUUCUUCGUGUCGUGGUCGCCGGCGACGGCGGACGUGAGGAGCAAGAUGGUGUACGCCAGCUCCAACGAGGGGUUCAAGAAGGAGCUCGACGGCGUGCAGAUCGACGUCCAGGCCACGGAGCCCAGCGAGCUCACCCUCGACGUGCUCAAGGACCACACCAAUUAAGCUGCUAAAUCACGCCGCUAAUGGCUUUUGAUUUGCAAGUAAUUACAUGGCGUCGCAACUUGCAACCCACAUGCGUGCGCGUGUGUGUGGCUUGUACGGAUUGCUCGGUGCUUUGGAUUUGCAUAAUUGUGUGUACGCGUGUGGUUAAUUACACGAAUAAUAAAAGAGACGAUCAAUCGGUGAUCGGUCGUAAAGUAAUUGCGUCCUUGGGCACAGAUCGGCACAAGCGUAUCCCCGUUUCGAAUAAAGAUUUUUAUGUAUUUGUAUUACAAAUGUAAGGUUUAGCUUGCUUUUUUUCUUUGUAUAUUUUCAUGUUGUUUUGCAGAUUUUUUUGUCAU